AAGCAAUCAUUUCUACUUCUCUUUGGCUGCAUUCUUGCAGCCAUUGAGAAAUACUGUGAGAGCUGUGAUUGGUCACAGCUUGUCACAUGGUACAAGGCUGUUGUGAAUAGCCCUGUGUCAUGUGACCUCGGUGAUCAUUCACAGAUUUCACUAGUAGUAAACAAUGUUAGCAAUGACAUCUUGCUUACUACUAUUCAUGUGAUUACUGAUUGGCCAAUCACACUGAUUGGGACCUCACACAGAGGUCCCGUACAGCGAUCCUCCGGACACAGCGCACAACCUGAAAAUGCGGGCGCCGUUUAU